AUGGCUGCCGACAACACCACCACCACCACCAGCCUCAUGACUAUCCGCAAACUCGGCCAUACUGAACACUUCUCCUCCUCCCGCCACCAUCUCGGCAUCUACCGCUGCGUCACCAUCUCCGUCCGCCACCUCCACCCCUCCCUCCCCCAAAACACCCAAAUCAGCCCCUCCUUCUUCGCCGCCCUCGCCUCCAUCGUCAAAGACCAGCCCAUCCUCCGCGUAGGCAUCACCGGCGAAGACUCCAGCAACGCUCAUUGGACGCACAUUCCGCAAAUCGACCUGCGUGACCACGUCUCUGUCGAACUAGUGCCCUGUGAGACGGUGCAAGAGUAUGAAGACAAGAUUGCUGAGCACCAGGGCUGGGAACAUGACCAGAAGUGGCAGAACAUUGAGACGCGCUCCCCAUGGAGAAUCAUAAUCUUGAGGCCCAGCAGCAAUAAUGAAUCCGUCUUGAAAGAAUUCAGCGGACAGGAAGACGUCUUCUUUUCCUUCCACCACUCCCUCAUGGACGGCACCGGCGGCCGCGAAUUCCACGAGAUGCUGCUCUCAGCCCUCGCCACUCACCAAAACCAAGACAAGGACUUGUCAACUGUCCUCUCCUUUCCAGAACCUCCCUCACUCCCCGAACCCCUCGAAGCCGCCGUCAACUUCUCCCUCUCGUGGCGCUUCAUGCUCGGCAUCCUGUGGGACCACUUUGGCCCCCGGUUUCUCAAACCCAAGCCACAGCCUGUUUGGAACGCAAAGCCCAUCAAUUUCGCCUUGCCGUACAAGACGCACAUCAAGCCCAUCGACAUCUCCCCCGAGACUCUCUCCGUCCUCUUAGACGCCUGCAGGAAACAUUCCGUCACGCUCACGGCGCUUCUUCACUCUCUCGUCCUGACUUCACUCGCCAAACGCCUCUCCUCAUCUCCCACAGAAUCACCCGCCUUUCUCUCCGGCACGCCCAUCAGCCUCAGGCCAUACCUCACCCAAAAGCCCGCCGAACAGGACAAACCAUCUGCAUCUCCCCCCCUGCGCUGCCUCGUCAGCACCUGCAUCCACCAAUUCUCCCCCAAAACCGUCUCCGCCCUGCGCGCCCCCAACGCAGACAUCAACGCCCUCAUAUGGGAAAACGCCGGCCAAGCGAAAAAAGAUCUCGCCACCAAACUCGCCCUCACGCCCAAAGACGACAUCACAGCCAUGCUCAAGUUCAUCAGCGACUGGAUCGACUUCUGGCGCAGGAGGGACGGCACGCCGCGUAGGGAAUCAUGGGAGAUUAGCAACAUUGGCGUGCUGAAGAGUGUGGACACGACGAAUAGCCCCAGGGCGACGAGGAUGCUGUUUUCGAAUGGGGCAAUGGUUGCUGGGCCGCCUAUUGGCGUUGAUGUGGCGAGUGUCAAGGGAUCCAAGUUGACUGUUAGCUUGUCGUGGCAGGAUAAGGCUGUGGAUGAAGAGUUGAUUGAGCAGCUGAGGAGUGAUUUAAGAGGAUAUGCUGAGAAGUUGGCUGAGACUGGCAGCUCUUUUGUCUGA